AUGUUAAUAUUAUUUAUAGUGAUUUUAUUUUCAUUCUGUAACGCCACGAUUGAAAAAAGGGCAUUGGUUUAUCCAGUUGGUGGAACAUACAAGGUCAUAACAGCCAUUGCAAUCCCAAUUGAAAUUGGAACAAAACAAGCUCUAAGCUAUUCAAUAAAUUUUCAAUUUCAAUAUGUUUUGCCACAAAAUUUUUCACAAUUAUCACAAAACGAUGAAUGGUUUACGGAAGUUUCCACAAAACGUCGUAAACGUAAUAAACGUGUUUUAGAAACUAUCUCACAACAAAAAAUUUUGUAUAUGACUAUUGAAAGAGAAUUAAAUCGUCAUGGUUUUGACGGAAGACAUUGUUUACGGAAUAUAAUUUGUGAAUUAUCUUCAAGUGAUUCCAAUUAUUACGAUACUUUAUACAAUCAAUUAGCCCAUAUUCUAUUAAUACCAAGAUCAGAAAUAAUUCAAGACGUUGACUAUGAAGAUUUCAAAGAUGCAAUGGAAGCUGGAAAAUAUGGAGUAGAUUGUAAUUCGAUAAAUUAA